UACUUUCCUUUCCUGCUUGUAUCUUUCAGUAUUUAAACCAGAGGAGCUGCGGCAGACUUUGAUGCCGACGCUGGAGUCCCUUUACAGGCAGGAUCCCGAAUCUCUGCCGUUCCGACAGCCCGUAGACCCCAUGCUGCUGGGUAUUCCUGACUACUUUGACAUCGUGAAGAAUCCGAUAGACCUAUCUACCAUCAAGCGCAAGCUUGACACGGGGCAGUACCAAGAGCCCUGGCAGUAUGUGGAUGAUGUGUGGCUGAUGUUCAACAACGCCUGGCUCUACAACCGAAAGACGUCCCGGGUCUACAAGUACUGCUCCAAGCUGGCGGAAGUGUUCGAGUCGGAGAUCGACCCGGUCAUGCAGAGCUUGGGCUACUGCUGCGGGAGGAAGGUUUGUUAGGGAGACUCAGCUUUUUCAUGUUGGAUUGAACAUCUCGUUGAUUUUGUAAUAUAAUUCUAACUUUCAACACCAUUUUUUAAAGGCCUGCUCUAAGAGUGCUUUAACCUGUUCUUGUAGCAUUUUUCUGAUGAUGGAUUAUCAA